AAUGAUGAGUAGACGACAACAUCCUAUUAAUUCUAAAUGUGAUGAUAAACAAGGCUCUUUGUAUAGUUAUCUCAAGUCAUAUAAACCUAUUGUUUUUAAAUAAUAUAGAGACAAUACACCUAGAUCUACAUACAAAUAAGAUGUGCACAACCUAAUCAAGAUUAAUAAAACCAGAAGAAGGAGUUGCUAUUGUUCAGAAUGUGGAACUUAAAGUUAAUUUUAAUAUAAAACACAUCAUAUUCCAUUAUACAGAGAGAAAGUAAGAACAAUGUUUAAAAAACAAUAAAUUGCUAUUUCUUAAACUCAAUCUUCUUUAAAUGCUGACGAAUUCUCUCCUCAAUUUGAAGAUUCGCCAAUUCUGAAGAAAUCAUCAGUCUUAUCAUCUCGAAGAUAAAGUAGAUUUGCACAUCACUGUAGAUUUCGUUAGAGCAUAAUAUUAGCUAAUUCUGAAGAAAAGUUAUAAUUGAUUGCUGAAUAAAAAUAAAAAAAGUCCUCGUUUUUUAAUUUAGAUUAAUUGAAUACUUUUAAAAUAUCAUCUAAACCUUAGAGUCCAAUUCGUAAAAUGAGUUAACCACCAAAACCGCUAUUAGAAAAUUAUUCCUUAAAAUCGUUAACGCAAAGAUCUCCUAUUCAUAGGGAAACUAUCAUAGCUCAAAAUAAGAAAUACUAGAAUGUCUAUUUGAUUCCUUUAUUCAAAAAAAAUUAGACAAAAAGUGACAAGUAAUAAAUAUGCAUAAAAGCAAACACAUCUCCAAGGAAAAGACAUUGCAUUAGUUAAAUUUGA